GCGGAUGUGAAUGUGUUGUGCCAAUUCCAAAAGCACGUCAAAAAAUAAUAUAAAAUACUGUCUUUGCAUUUACUCGCUCCACCUAUCUUUUUCCUUGCAGUUUCCUACCCCUCUUUCUUGACGCGAUUUUGCACAGUUUCUAUUGCCGGUUCUUUCAGUUGAAAUAGUCCCUUUUGUUCUCCCAACACCUAUUUCUCCCUCUUGCGAUUCGAAGGCUUUUAAAUUGUUGGGUAUUCACUUCUCCUCUCGGAGUUCUUUCGAGUUUUUCUUUCUGCGCAUUCUUUGGGUUUCUCCAGGGAGAAAUUGAUCUGCGUUCAACUUACUUAGGAACAUUGUUUCUUCUUAGAUUCAUUUACCCGCUCACCUUCAUCUACCUGUAACCAAAUUCUGCAAGCGUGCUUGCUUAGUGGUGACUUGAAGAGAGAGAAUGUUUGGUUCAAAGAAAUCUCCUUUGAAAGUUGCAAAACACAAUUCUGCUGAUCCUGUCUAUCCUGUCCACUCUAAAUCAAACCCGUUUAAUUCUGAUGAUUUAGCAAAGAAUGGCAAAAAUCAUAAUUCUUCUAGGAGGAGUUCUUCAGAUCCUGCACUGGUGACAAAAGAAGUCAACACCAAUCCUUUUGAUGACUAUGAUGUAAAUGGGAACUCUUCUUCAUUAUCUUCCUAUGCCCUUCGAUCAGCAGAACGAAACAAGUAUAAGAAUGAUUUUCGUGACUCCGGAGGAAUGGAAAAUCAGUCGGUGCAAGAAUUGGAGAAUUAUGCUGUUUACAAGGCUGAGGAGACUACUAAAUCAGUUAACAAUUGUUUGAAGAUAGCAGAGGACAUGAGAGAGGAUGCUACCAAGACUUUAGUCACCCUGCAUCAACAAGGAGAGCAGAUUACCAGGACUCACCAUGUUGCUGUUGACAUUGAUCAGGAUCUAAGCCGGGGAGAAAAGCUCUUGGGAAGCCUGGGUGGCAUGUUCUCCAAAACUUGGAAACCAAAGAAGACACGCCAAAUAACUGGCCCUGUUAUAGUUGGAGACGAUCCAGUCAGAACAAAGGGCAGCCACUUGGAGCGGAGAGAAAAGUUGGGAUUGAGUUCUGCACCAAGAGGGCAGUCAAAGCCACGGACACCACCUCCUGAACCAACAAAUGCCCUUCAAAGAGUUGAGUUUGAGACGGGAAAGCAAGAUGAUGCUCUGUCAAAUUUAAGUGAUAUCCUGGGAGAGCUGAAAGAAAUGGCUGUUGACAUGGGAUCCGAAAUUGAGAGGCAAAACAAGGCCAUAGACCAUAUGUACGGUGAUGUGGAUGAGUUGAAUUUCCGCAUGAAGGGUGCUAACCAGCGUGGUCGUCGUUUACUCGGAAAAUAGAGGGCAGAAUUAUCAAGAUCCAUUUCCAAACUUUAAUAUUACUUACUUUUCGCUGCUGUUUUCUUUUUCUUGGCAUUAAUAAGACAAAUUCUUCAAUACAUAUGAUUUUAGUCUGCUCAAUUUUAAAUGCGCAACUAAUUAAAGUAUUAAA